CCUCGCAGCCUAUCUCUGUCCACGGUGGAGAAAUUCCCACAAGCCUUCACCUCCAAAUAUUGACUCAGUCCGAGAGGCGCGAGGGAGCCGGGGCUUUAUCGCUGGUAAAAAUAGAGGACAAAGCUGGAUAUAACUACUUUAGUUUGGGCUUGAUUAUGACAUGUGUAAAUAUAGCCAUCGCCCAUAACAUUAAAACCACCGAGGGAGGCGUUCCUUGAAUCCAGGUGCCAUGUGCUCCCCUGAUAAGCGGUCUGGUCUGCAGCUGUGACACAUUUCUACCAGAGCCAGCAUCAACUUUUUUUUUUUUUUAGCAACUUAAGCUACAGUAGCUCCUGCCUGCCGUGUCGAACCACACCACACUAAGAGUCUUCCCCACUUUUGAUAUGUACUGACCACUUCUGUCCAGGACCGGUCUGCAAGCUCUACAGUUUUGCACCCAGUCAUCUAUCCAUCAGUAGUCCUUUUUAUCUCUUCUGAAGCCGCUUUGCGCGCAAGAUGCUUCUGCUGCGGUUUUGGGACGGGUCCCCACGAGGGGCUACUACAAAACCGGGAGUCCGCCUGGUCAUCCUGGACCAAGCGGGAUGGCGGACCGCGUCCGCGUGGUGGACCUCCGCAGCGACACGGUGACCAAACCGGGUCCGGCGAUGCGCCAGGCCAUGGCGGAGGCCGAGGUCGGAGAUGAUGUGCUGGGAGAGGACCCCAAAGUUAAUGAGUUGCAGAAAUUUGCAGCUGAUAUGUUUGGGAUGGAGGCCGCCCUCUUCGUCCCCUCAGGGACCAUGAGUAACCUCAUCGCAGUGAUGGUGCACUGCAGGGAGCGGGGCGACGAGAUGAUCGUGGGCGAUCUGUCCCACCUGCACAUCUACGAGCAGGGAGGUAGCGCACAGCUGGCUGGAAUCCACGCCACCACGGUGACCACCCUCCCCGACGGCACCUUUGAUCUGGAGCAGCUGGAGUCGAAGAUUCGCCACGGUUACCCGGACCCCCACUACCCCCGCUCGCGCCUCGUCUGUGUGGAGAACACGCACAACGUGCAAGGAGGACGGGUCCUGCCCCUGAGCUUCCUGCAGGAGGUUCGCUCUUUAGCCGAUCGGUACGGCCUGUCCCUGCACAUGGACGGGGCCAGGGUGAUGAACGCUGCCGUGGCCCUCAGGGUUCCCCCAUCCACCAUACUGCAGCACACGCACACCGUCAGCGUGUGCCUCUCCAAAGGUUUGGGUGCACCUAUAGGUACCAUGCUAGCCGGACCCCGGGACUUCAUAUCUCGAGCGGUACGUUGCCGUAAAGCCCUCGGCGGAGGGAUGCGGCAGGCUGGUGUGAUAGCAGCAGCUGGAAAACUGUCUUUACAGGACAUGGUGGAAAGACUGGAGGAGGAUCACAGCAACGCCAGAACCUUUGCUCUCGCUCUGCAGAACUGCAACCCUCCUCUGUUUGCUGUGGACAUGGCGGCCGUGGAGACAAACAUCCUGCGUUUCUCUUUCCAGGAGCACAAUCUGAGUCCUCAUGACUUCUGCGCACGCAUGGCUCAGGUUGGCGAGGGCGAGGAGGAAGCGCUCGGCCAGGGGAUUCGAGUUCUCAUGUUCCCUCACUUUGGGAAGUCCGUGAGGGCUGUGUGGCAUCUUGGGAUAUCUGCCGAGGACACCCAGCUAGCUAUACAGAAGAUGCAAUUUGUAGCUUCCCAGUACUUGAAGGAAAAAGUCAGGGCUUCGUAAGACGUGUAGCCUAAUGAGGAGUAGUGAUAUUGGAUGAAUUUCACACAAUAAGGUAGAAAAACACUGGAGGAUCUCAGGCACAGAUAAAAAGUCAUCUCGGGGACAUUUGGGUGCUGACGUCUUUGUAUUCCUUGAUUUUUAACAUUAGCAUUCAUUAAAUUUAAUUAACACUG